CGAGCGGAAGAGGCGGCGGCGGCGGCAGAAGCAGAGGAGGAGGCACUGGACGCUGCUCGGGAACCGGGACCAGGCGUGCCCGCGCCCUGAGCACUCCGCUCCGGAGGCGUCAUGGCCGAGUAUGGGACUCUCCUCCAGGACCUGACCAACAACAUCACACUUGAAGACCUGGAACAGCUCAAGUCAGCCUGUAAGGAGGACAUCCCCAGUGAGAAGAGUGAGGAGAUCACCACGGGCAGUGCCUGGUUUAGCUUCUUGGAGAGUCACAACAAGCUGGACAAAGACAACCUCUCCUACAUUGAGCAUAUCUUUGAGAUUUCCCGCCGUCCUGAUCUGCUCACUAUGGUGGUUGACUACAGAACCCGUGUGCUGAAG